AUGUCAGGCAGAGGCAAAACCGGCGGAAAGGCCAGAGCCAAGGCAAAGACCCGCUCUUCCCGCGCUGGGCUCCAGUUCCCCAUCCUGGAGCUGGCUGGAAACGCCGCCCGCGACAACAAGAAGAGCCGUAUCAUCCCCCGCCACCUGCAGCUGGCCGUCCGCAACGACGAGGAGCUCAACAAACUCCUGGGCGGAGUGACCAUCGCUCAGGGCGGCGUGCUGCCCAACAUCCAGGCUGUGCUGUUGCCCAAGAAGACCGAGAAGGCCACCAAGUCCAAGUAA